AUGGAUGAGCUUGCUGGUCAACUGGAUCAACCAGGCUAUCCUAGGGCCAGUUACUGGGUCCAUCUUGCUUCAGAAUUCCAAGUUCCGGAGGAAGUUAUCAUGAAAUGCCAGCACAGUUUCGAAAGUAGUCCAAGCAAACAUAUGCUUGAGUGUAAAGAGGGCUUCGACACUAACUUCUCUGUCCAAGCACUCAAAAAAGGACUAAGAGCCAUCUCAAGAAACGAUCUUGUACAGAAAGUAGACAGUUGUCGUCUUCCAAGUAAGUUCCCUAAUGAAUUGCAGCAAGAAAAGAUAAAGGUCCUUUCAUCCCUUCUUGAUUCAAAGGCGAUAUUUUAUCUUCUAGUCUCUUGAUUGCAGUUAAGUUUUGAUUGUAGUCUAACCACUUUAUUUGCUGUGCAGAUUUUUGAGCCAAUAAAAAACUCGGAGUCCAGCUUCUGUGUGAAUAGGGCCGUCUCAGUCUUACAGCUCCCAGUUGCUGGGGCCUGGGAUAGGCGAGAGAAAAAGAAAAGCGAGACAACUCAGCAGCAGCGGAGAGCAAACAAUCAGCUCAUUUUAUUUUCAGUGUUUUCUUUAUCUGUUUUUCCUAUCACUUUUCCUGCCGUAAGGAUCAGUCUACUGUUCUAAUUUUAAAAUUAAUUAAUGGUCCAGAUAAGAAGGAAAGAACCAAACGCAAUGCGCACGUCGGAAUGUAUAAUGGUCUAAUGGUGCUAAUUUUACUAUUGCCUCUGAUAAAUUCAGUGACUGGUUUACACAUCAAAUUUCACGGAAUCUUCGCAAAGCAGCAUGUAUGUUCAUCCCUUCUUUUCUAACCAGCUUCCUCAUAACAAAAUCUCGUCCGAGUCUGAAUAACACAGAAAAAAAAACACCCUUUAAAAUGGAGUUUAAAUAUAUUUGAUGUCGUUAACUGCCUUAAUUUGUAGGUUUAUGCAAAAAUAAAACUGAAGAACACGUGCACUAAUAUAAAUGCCCUUUUUUACAGCCAGUGCAACAUUACGGGAAUUCCGUGAGAGACAUCCAACCAUUUUUGAGAGUAUUUGUCUUCAAAUGGACCACCACAACAACUGGAAAGCUUUAGGGCUGAGCAUAAGUAUUCCAGAUGAAACACUGCAACAAAUUGCGACAUCCACCAGCUGUGCGAAAACAGUCUUUGACAUCAUUGAAAAGAAAAACCCCAGACUGACAGUAAAGGAGAUGCGAGAUGUCUUGAAAGAAAUGUUGAGAGAAGAUGUGUGCAAAGUGCUGGAAAAGUAUCUCUUAGGUAUCAUUUUCUACUUCUGAUUUUCAAAAGCUCAUAGAAACAGAGCCGAUUAUUUUGACUCGCAGUAAUAGAUACAAUUGCACAACCUAAUAGCUCUUCUUUUUGAAUUUGUCUUUUAUUAAUUAAUUCAUCUGAAGUGACAGCAGACAAUAAAUGAACUGAAACUAUGGGUGCGUUCGAUUGGGAAAUCCGGAUUUAGAUUUUCAUUAUAGGUGGUUUUCACGUUACGUCAUCGCCGCCAUGCUGGUGGACGGUAAACAAAAGAUCCUUCAUUAGCUUGCUUUGUUUGUCCACCAGCAUUUGUUCAUUUCACCAUUGUUUUUUGUGUCUCCCGAGAUUGCAUGAAAACCACCUAUUUACCAUUUUAAGUUUUACAAAGUGUAAUAACGGGAAAAACAGAAUUCUGAAUCCUUAUUAUUUACAUCAAAGCGACAAACGUUUUCACCCAUAAAUGUAAAUUCCUUUAAUUUCACAUUUUGUUGAUUGUCUAACCGACCGACUGAUUGAAUUUUAAAAAUUGCCAGUCUGCAGAACGGGUGUUAUUUUUCGCGUUUUUCAGGCAAGAAAAGGCAGGCGCGUAUAGCGAAGGCGCGAGACACGCGCGAGGGGCCACACCCGCUUCGUGCUUCGCUCGCCCUAAAAACGUGUAAAUUUAGCGCCUGUUCUACAGGCUAAUUAAUUGAUUGACCGAUCAUUGACCGAUCAUUGACCGAUCCGGUUUAUUUUCCCUUUCCACAGAUAGCCACACAGCUGUAAAUUUGCGUGAAAAUAUAAAUUGUUCGGAAGAGGUUGCAAUCUUGUUGGAUAAAGAAACACCAGGAAUGAAAAACUGGCUGCAUUUUGCUCGCAAGCUUGGUGUAUCCAAAGAAGAUUGCGACAAUUUAAAGCCAAAAGGAAAUCCAAGCCCGACCAAAGCCUUAGUGGAACACAUCGUUCAAGUUGAUCCGGGCCUCAAAGUCAAGACGUUUAUCGAAGCGCUGAUGAAGAUGCAACGCAUAGAUGUCGUCAAUGCUUUGGGAAAAUUCAUUUGAGGUAAACAAACUUUUUAAAAAUGUGAAGUUAUUUUUUUCUUAUUUUUAUCAUUAUUCCGCUUUUGCAUUUGCUGUGUUAGGUCUUGAUUAAGUUUACGUUGUUUGUUUUCUCUUCUCUCCUACCGAACAGCUUCAACAGCUAAACAAGCGUCCGACAGGGCCGAACAUUAGUUGCACUGCAUCAAGAAACAGGUUAUAAGCUGUUACUUGAGGACCUGGAUGUAAUUAAAGAAGCAUAACUCCC